AUGUCCACCGGCUCGGUGAGCGACCCGGAGGACCUGGAGUUGCGGGGGCUGCAGCGGGGGUACCAGGUCCCCGCCUCCAAGAGGCCGCCCCUCCGCGGCGCAGAGCGCAGCUACAUCUCGCCCAGUGACAACUCCUCGGCGGAGGAGGAAGACCCCGACGGCGAGGAGGAGCAGUGCGCUCUGGGCGAGGCGGGCGGCGCGGGAGGCUGUAAGAGAAAACGGCCUCGUGUAGCUGGGGGCGGCAGCGGCAAGAAGCCCCUCCCGCCCAAGGGCUCUGCGGCCGAGUGCAAGCAGUCGCAGAGGAACGCGGCCAACGCCCGAGAGCGCGCCCGAAUGCGCGUGCUGAGCAAAGCCUUCUCAAGGCUCAAGACCAGCCUGCCCUGGGUGCCUCCCGACACCAAGCUUUCUAAACUGGACACGCUCCGACUGGCUUCCAGCUACAUCGCGCACCUGCGGCAGCUUCUGCAAGAGGAUCGCUACGAGAACGGCUACGUGCACCCCGUGAACCUGACGUGGCCAUUUGUUGUCUCAGGACGACCCGACUCUGACACCAAAGAAGUUUCCGCUGCCAGCAGACUCUGUGGGACCACCGCUUAGAUCGAACUUGACUUGAACU